AUGAAGACAGACUCCGCUUAUUCCAUCCUGUCGACGUUGAGAUAUGACCCAAAACUUGCCCAAGUUGCAUCCGAUCAGUAUUAUGAGGACGACGGGAUCCAAAUGGAGUUUUCUACUCCAACGGAAACACUAUUUCUAGAUAAACAAGAUAAAGGAUACGUUGCUUCAAACACGGAAUGGGAGAACUUUUCUGAGUUCCAAAAAGAGUUUGACCAAGCUAAUUUCAGUGUGACGUCUUCAUCUACUGCAUUUUUCAAAUCCCUUCUUGACUGUUCUUACAGCGACAACUUGAAAAGAGGUGGUUUGAAAGACCUGAUGUUCUAUAGAUUUCUCUUUUUGAGGCAACAUGUAACGCGUAUAAACUUAGCGAGAGACUAUUUUCAUUGGAAUGUAUCAACGUUGUCCAUUUCGAAAUUGUUGGAACUGUUGAUUUUAUCGCUCCAGGAGACAGUAGGGGAUCUACAACAAUUGAUAUCAGAUGUACGGCCUUACAAAAUGAGAGUUCUAAUCAGCGCCAGCGGCGACAUAAGAGUAGAAGCACACCCGCUACCGAUUUUAGAUCUGUCUUCUAGCAGUACAGCAAGCGAGUACUUUAUCAAUACUCUUUUAAAGGGCAUGUUGCCAGAUGAUUCCACAGAACCUUACACCGCUUUUAUUGAUACGAAGCCAAUUCCAAAUAACACGCCUUUCACAACUUUUAAAACCACCCAAAGAGAACAUUAUACCCAAGCGCGAGAGCGAAUGAUACAAAUUGAGAGUAACGCGCAGAAACGUGAGAUCAUUGUCUAUAAUGAAUUAGAUGAAGUGAUGGAAGGUAGCAUUACAAAUAUUGCAGUGUACAGAAAUGGAACUUUUGUUACACCACCACUAUCUACUGGAUGCCUCUGCGGGGUAUUUCGGUACUACCUAUUGAAAAAGAAUUUGAUUAAUGUGGCUAACAUAUCUGCACAAGAACUAAAGAAAGGCGAAACCGUCUUACUCUUUAAUGGUGUAAUGGGUUGCGUUAAAGGAAUUAUUGCCAAGUAA